AUGGGUGAGGAGUUAUCUAACACAGUGAACCUGGAUUUGAAUCUUGGUCCUGACCCUGUGUUAGGUCUCGAGCCAGUAACGAAUCUUGCUGCUGUGGAUCUAGCUGAUUGGGUUAAUGGACCACCUUCUAAUAGAGAAGCUGAAUCUCUGAGAAGGUUAACGACACGGCUCCGGCCACGUUUCAGACAGAUUGAGCUUCUUCCGAUUCUUGCUGAGACACAUAGGCCGGUGAUAGAACUGAGUCAAUUAUUGAUCAGUUCUGCUAAUGGAGCUGCUUUGCCAGCGGGUGAGGGAAGUUUAGCUGGUGGAGAGAGAGUGAAUGAGGACUCGAAAAAGUGCGAGAAUGGGAGCAAAGUGAUGGAAGAAGACAAUGUAACAGAGGAGAAGAGGGAUAUUGAGAAGAGCACGGGAAGCGAUGGGAGCUUUUUCGAUUGUUACAUAUGUUUGGACUUGGCCAAGGAUCCAGUUGUCACUAAUUGUGGCCAUCUUUACUGUUGGUCUUGUCUUUACCACUGGCUACAAGUUUCAGUGGCAAAGGAAUGCCCGGUUUGCAAAGGAGAGGUUUCCGUUAAAACCUUGACUCCAAUCUAUGGCCGUGGGAAAAAUAAAAGAGAAUCUGAAGAGGUUAUAGAUACCAAGAUCCCUACGAGACCCCGAGCACGGCGCGUGGAGAGUCUGAGGACUUCGCUUCACAGGUCAGCUAAUAUACCGACGGAAAUGAUUAGACAGUUACAUGAGAGGAUAGAAAGGGAAUCUAGUACAGGUGAACGACGUGCCAGACCAUUUCUUAACCGGUUUAUGACUUCGAGAGGAGUUAGAGCAGAGCAGAACCAGUCUAGUGUAGCAUUGGUUGAACCAUUAGACGAUAUUGAUCUGAUCUCAAACAGUCCCCCUGAACAUGAAGGGGAAAACGGAAACCAGAGGUCUGGAUUGGCAACCCGGAGACAGUUGCAAUCACAGAGAGCCGGGAGGACGUCACCGUUCUCUUUGGUGUUGGGCUCUGCGGAAAGAAUAGUGGAUGCAUAUCUAAGAACACAUAGCCAAGAACAAAACAACAUCGCUCCUGUUGGUGUUGAAGACAGAGAUUCGUUCUCGAGCAUAGUAGGUGUAAUAAACUCGGAGAGUCAAGUUGAUACCGCGGUUGAUAUUGAUUCUAUGUUGACGGUUUCAAGUUCUUCGUCUGUGAGAAGACCUGAGUACGGUCCGAGGGUCUCUGAUGUAGACAGUGCAGAUUCUCGUCCACUGAGAAGGAGGAGAUUGGCUUAG